AUGACUUUGCUUCAAAAAUUCCUGAAUGUGUUCAUCACUCUGUCUCUGCUGAUCAGCCCCACCACUAUGGAGCAAGUCCCUCAGCUCAGUCUAUGGGGGGAGGUGGCUGACUUCACCGUUGGGUGCAGCCACUGGACACUUAAACCUCAAGUCUCAAUCCCCGCCCUGCAAGAGCUCACAGUCUGCUUCAACCUCAAGUUCAAGUUCCAGGCCACCUCACCAUGGACCGCCUUCAUGUACAGUCAUCCAGAGGCUCGGUAUACGGAGUUGGGUUUAGGGGGAAAGUGGGGUCAUUUAGUUGUCUGGCUGUUUGGAACUGAGUGGACUUCACCUAAGAUCACCCUUCACCAGUCACAGUGGUACUCACUGUGUCUGACCUGGACACAUACUAAAGACAGACCGUCCCUAUAUAUCGAUGGCAACCUGGUGGACAUCCUGGCAGAGACACCUCCUUCCAUAACCUCCUGCAGCAAACUGGCCCCAAACGGAACGCUUACUCUGGGUGCAACACACCGCCUUGUCAAUGGGGAUAUUGAGAUUAUUCCAUUUCCCAAUCCGGUGGGCAAAUUAUCUCUGUUUCGGCUAUGGGGGCGAGAACGCAGCAUACAGGAAGUGACAUCACUGAAAUGUACAGAGGGGAACCUGGUGAAGUGGGACAGAGACAACUGGGACACUCAGAUCUGUGCUCCGCUGCCUGACUCCAACCUGAAGUGUGAAUGGUCCAUUUAUGAAGUGAGACUGAUGUUUGCCAUUUUCCGUUCCGAUGGGAACAACACCGAGCUCUACACGGCCAGAGACAUCGCACAUAACUGGCUCAGAAAGGUUCUGCCGAACAGCAUCUAUUUACACAGAGUGUCUGUGUUUGAAGUAACCAGAUCCAGUAAAGAAGACAGCCUUGUAAAAACAUCACAUGAAGACAGGCUGGUGCGGUGGUCUCCCCCUUAUAACAGGUUUGAUGCCCUGGUUCAUGUCAAUGUUAUCCCCAGCGUGGAUGUGGCAGCUGUGCAGAUUGAGAUGUACAAGGACCUAAAGGAUGCAUACCCUGACCCGAGUGGUCAGUUACAGCUGCUGGCUGAUGUGGACAGCAUACACACCACCCCUGUUGGUAGGAAAUAGUUUUCACCAUGUGUUAUGUGCUGUUUGCAGAAAACAAAAGUUAGUUACACAAUGAUCUGUGCUGUUUAUAGAAAGUUU